CUUGGCUGGGAUGAUCUAGUUGGGGAUGGUCUUGCUUUGAGCAGGGGGUUGGAUUAGAUGACCUCCUGAGGUCCCUUCCAACCCUCAUUUUCUAUGAUUUUAACAGAUGCUUGACUCUCACAUAGCUCUGAAAUCCACCUCCAGGAAUGAAGCGGGACAAGAGAGCCAGGAUUGGGGAGUACAGGAAGAACAAGGCCUGCAUCCAUAAUGCACCCCCACUCUCCCAGGCCUCUCCGUGUCUUGGGGUCAAGAGAAUCUAAAUUCACCCCAGAAUUUGUAUUUCCCCCCCCAACUUUUUAUAAAAUAAAAGCAACAUUUGAAUAUACAUCUGCAAAACAGAGGCUCUAAAGCUGCCAGUCUUUUUGCAUAACACUGCUGGGAGCAUGCUCAGUGGUGCUGGCUAAUUCCACAUCUCAACAAUGGAAAAACCCAGUGAUCCCUGUGAAUAAGCCAGUCUCUGUGUCCUAAGUCAGCCCUUGGAUUUCCUCCCUUUCUUGAGACUGUCUCGCCUCUGCACAAACUCCGUCGGGGCUUUGUAGCCAGCUUCAGAGGUGGAAGCCUCAAAAAGCUCACAGUCCUGCGCUCAGCUCGCAGUUGUUUGCUGCAGCCAGGACCUGGCGAGAAACCAGCUCAAAAUGUUCCAUAUCCAAACCCCACCCCACAGCUCCUCCCCGAUCUCUGCCUCUCGCACUCAAAGAUAGGGAGACCGAGGACUCUUAAUGUCUUCACCUUAUUCCCCUGGAAGGGGACAGCGUGAAGCACCUGCUGUGUUUAACUCCCCUCCUUAUAACUCUUCUUUGCAAUCAUUAUCCCGAUACACACAACCACUUGAGGCCCCGGACCCUGCUCCCUCUGCACUUCCACUGGCCGGAUACUACACUGCAUCUUUCCAAGUCCCCACCGUCAUCUUCCCCCCUCCACACGUCCUUCUUAGAAGCCCUAUGCUCUGACCCAGCACCACGUACCACACUGGACUCAGCCUCCUCAGCAGUAUCUAAGCACAGUGGUCACUACCGCUCUAAGUUAUUCUGGCCAUCCCGCACCAUUUCACCAAGGCCUCAGCCACCGUCCCAUCCUCAGUGACCGCGUAUGGCAGAAUCGCAGCCGCUGCCCCAGCACUCCAGCCUGACCAGAAGGCAGUCCAACAGAGAUGCCUUGGACAUACCGUUUCUCCCCAUUACUAUGGCACCAUGUGCUAAUCCUCCUCCAGACACAGGGUUAUCAGGCUGCAUUUAGCUCAGCAAGUUUUGCUCCUCAAGGGAAACCACCUGAAGUUCUGCAGGAACUAAGACUCUCCCCACCAGACCUUCCUCAAAUUUAGACAGCCCCUACACAUGGUCAAGAUCCUGAAGUCCCGCAUGGCACUAACAUCCACGUAAUGCAGGUGCAAUCCCCACAGAGUGCAACAACGAACCUUCCCCAAAUCUCCUACAAUUAUACUUAGUCCUUGCCAAGAAAUACUCCAACUGAAGUCAACAAAAAGUUGGGCAGAAUAAAGAUUUUGCCCUUUUGGGAACAACAGGGAAAAGGUGCCUGCCUGAAUGUCUUCUAAGCUUUGGAUAAUAAUCCGAGAUACAGCUCAGUAAGUAUUAAGCACAUGGAAAACAUCAGUGCAAGAGGCUAGAAACUGCACUAGUUAAUAGUGUCUGUUAACGACCCUUCAACAUCUCAAUACUUCAAUACCCCAAUACUGCUGGUACUGACAGGGGACAACUUUGCUUUCCUUUAGGUGCAUCUGGAUUCCUGUCUCUCAAGACGCUGUUCUCCAUCUCUGAAUUACUUAGAGCCUUGUUACCACCUGAUUCAGUGGGGAGUGAAGAAAUCCCCAAAUCUAGGCAAGCUCCCUGUGUCCAUUCACCUCCCUGCUCCAGAGAGAAAAACUACCUCUACACAGUCCCUUUUUUUUUGCAGCACAGAGUGAAGACGCUCCUCUGCUUGGUGCCAAGGAGUUAAAUUCACACUGAGCUCCCAAAGUCAGUUGCUUCCAAGUAAGAGUCUGGCUGCUGCCUGUGGUUUGUGGGAAGGGAUUUUGUUUUUUAAUAACAUUAUAAAUAGGGCUGUGUUCAGCUCGCUGCAGACACACUCACUUUCUCUCCCAUCUCCCUCCUCCUGCUGCCGCCGCUUCUCUUUCCCCCAUCCCUUUAACAACCAUCCCAGUUCUGGCCAUGGACCGGUCAAGCUUCUUCCUCAGCUUACUGGUGUGCCUCCUUCCCGUUCUCCAGGCAUGUCCCCCAAGCUGCCACUGCCACGGUGGGGAUCUCCAGCACGUCAUCUGUGACAAUGUGGGGCUGAAGAAGAUCCCAAAAGUGCCAGAGCAAACACGGCUUCUCAACCUGCAGCGGAACAACUUCCCUGUCCUGCCGACCAACGCGUUCAGGGAGAUGAAAGGGCUCGUGUCCCUCCACCUCCAGCAUUCGCACAUCAAGGAGAUCUCCAGCGGCGCCUUCCGGGGACUGAAGCAGCUAGUCUACCUGUACCUCUCCAAUAACGACAUCAGCGUCAUCAAGAUAGGAGCCUUCGACGACCUGACUGAGCUCACCUACCUGUACAUGGACAAUAACAAGAUCUCAGACUUGCCCAAAGGGCUUCUCUCUCCGAUGAUUAACCUCUUCAUCCUGCAGCUGGGCAGCAACAAGAUCAGAGAGCUGAGGUCCGGGGCCUUCAGCGGUACCAAGGACCUGCGCUGGCUCUACCUCUCUGACAACUCCAUCUCUUCCAUCCAGCCUGGGGCCCUGGAUGACGUGGAAAAUCUCGCCAUCUUCCACUUGGAUAAGAACCAGCUGAGCACUUACCCCGCGGCUGCAAUGAACAAGCUGAGGGUGGUGGAAGACAUGAAGCUGUCUCACAACCCUAUGAAGGUCAUUCCUGACAACGCCUUCCAAUCCUUCGGGCGCUACCUGGAGACCCUCAGCCUGGACAACACAGGCCUGGAAAAAUUUACAGAUCACGCCUUUUCUGGAGUGACCACCCUGAAGACGGUCCAUCUCGAGAACAACAAGCUGACCCAGCUGCCCAGCAACUUCCCAUUCGGCAAACUGGAGAAGCUCACCCUGUCCAACAACCCCUGGCACUGCUCCUGUCAGCUAGCUCCUCUGCGCAAGUGGUUGAAGGCCAGCCGCACCCGCCCUGACGGGGCCUGCACCUCACCAGCUCAGUACCGAGGACAGCAGAUCAGAGACGCUGCUGUCCUCCGCAGCUGCAAGCUCCCUACCAAGCGGUCCAAGAAAGGAAGUCGCCAUUAAACAGGCCCCACAUGGCUAGUCCUGGUGACUGCCCACUUCAACCAAUCACAAAACUACUGACUCCUUCCAAGUCCAUCCUUCAGCUUCUUCCACCUAUCAGGAAAUAUUUCUGAUGUAUCCAGAACACCUCCAGCCUUCUCACAGUCCCCGCUUCUCUGCAGACUGCAGGAUGGAGUACAUCUUUUCAAUCUUUUCUGACAUUAUGUAUUUUUAAAGAGUCAUUUUAAACUAAAACUAUGCAUGACCACGCUAAGACAAGCUAACCUAGAUCCUGCCAGUAAAGCACAGUCAUCUGCCCACAGACAAUGACGUAACCAGUGGCCCCGAUUGCCCCCAUCUCUCUCCUUCCAGUGGGGUGGAAACAAGUGGAAAGACACAAGGGUUUCUCCCCGUCUUUGCCAGCGGGAAAUCCUCUCUCAACUCAUGCAGACAGAAUCCUCCUCCCACCUGAGGAGUCGAUCCCUGCAGGUCAGGGCUGAGGACCACAGGGGAAGCCAUGUCCAAGAGUCCAUGGAUGCAGAGAGGGAGCUUCCCUGUCGUUCCAAAAGGAGGCAAUCUCUCUGUCUGGGUCAGGCCUGACGUCUGUUAGUGGAACAAUGUUGGGGAACCCCCAACACUGAAAUAGUUUGGAGGCUCAAUUCACUUCUUGCCCCUCCCAAGCAAGAGGCAAGGUAUGCAUUACAUUGCCCUGUAUCUGGGGAGCGACCGGGCUCUACCUUCCUCCUCCUUUGCCUUCCCCAAGCCCAGAGAACCCAGUGAGAGGCAGAAAGAUGACUGUGGUUUAUUGUCCUGGAUUUUACAGCACCACAGUUUCAACUUAACUGCAUUUUUUAUCCUAAAGAUUUAUAUAAAUAUAUAUAUAUAUUUAUUCCUCUGUAACUGAGUGUAAAUGACCUUUAAGGGGAUAAAAAAAACCUCCUCUUACUUCUAUAUAGAAAAAAAAUUGUAUAUUUUCUUAUGUACAUCUUCUGUAUAAAGCUC